UGCCGAGCAUCCUGCACAGAUGCGCACAGUCUCUCACAGUAGCCGCCGCUUCAGUUUCUCCUCCACUGCAUCCCAAUCAUUUCUCGAUCCUCCGUCUCCAUCCUGCUGCUGCAGCGGACCUGGUUGGAGACAAGGAGCUGCUGGUCCGAGGCACAUCGGCCGUGCCAACAACAGGAUUUCUAAAGUCUGUCACGACUGUGCGCCACUGAGACGCACUACAUUGAUAAGGACAUUUUAGUGUAUUUUUGAAACAAUUCAAUAUCGGCCACAGAAGUCCGUGGGACAUCUUUAAAGUUGUUAGGAGCUAGGGGUUCUCACUCUGUCUCAAAAUCUGAUAUCACUUUAGAUUUUUUUUUUUUACGACUUUAUCCAAAAUCUCUCCGUUCCGCGCCAUCGCCGCCUCCUCUUCCAGGUAAAGGAUGGAUCUUCUCUCGUUCCGGCACCCGGCAGUCCUUUCCAACUGGGACCAAAUGUAAGGAUCAGAACCAAAGGAUCGCUUGUGGCGGAUCCAGCCGCUCUUUUCUCUGAUCACGUUACCUCUCGGCUAGAAGUACCUCUGAUAAAGCUAGAUGUUUCCGCAGACAUGAGUUUUGGAAACAGAUUUUUCCUCGUUUCACUCUUUCUUGGAAUUGUCCUCAUUCGCUACAACCGUUGCAACCAAGUUGUGCUGCUGGAUACGACGUCUGUGCUUGGAGAGCUUGGAUGGAAGACAUAUCCUAUAAACGGGUGGGACGCCAUCACGGAGAUGGAUGAGCACAACCGACCCAUCCAUACCUUCCAGGUUUGCAAUGUGAUGGAGCCCAACCAGAACAACUGGCUUCGUUCCAACUGGAUCUCUCGACAGGCUGCCCAAAAGAUCUACGUGGAGCUUCGCUUCACCCUGCGUGACUGCAACUCCAUCCCUUGGGUGUCUGGCACCUGCAAGGAAACGUUCAACCUCUUCUACCAUGAGACUGAUGAAGCUCACGGUGUAAAAUUCAAGCCCGCACAGUAUACCAAGAUUGACACGAUCGCUGCCGAUGAGAGCUUCACUCAGAUGGAUCUUGGAGAUCGCAUCCUCAAGCUUAACACUGAGGUGCGCGAAGUGGGGCCAAUGACCAGGAAGGGCUUCUAUCUGGCAUUCCAGGACAUUGGUGCCUGCAUUGCUUUGGUUUCGGUGAGGGUAUACUAUAAAAAAUGUCCGUUCACGCUGAGGAACCUGGCCUCAUUUCCGGACACAGUCCCUCGUGUGGACUCUUCCUCAUUGGUGGAGGUGAGGGGGGCAUGUAUUGAUCAUGCUGAAGAAAGAGACACACCCAAACUGUUUUGUGGAGCUGAUGGAGACUGGUUGGUUCCCUUGGGAAGAUGCGUUUGCAGUGUUGGGUAUGAGGAGAUUGAUGGUCAAUGUGCUGCAUGCCACCCAGGCUUCUACAAGGCAUAUGCUGGAAACAUCAAGUGUUCAAAGUGCCCUCCACAUAGUUUCAGCUACAUAGAAGGGGCUGACAUCUGCCGCUGUGAGAAAGGCUACUUCAGAGCUGAGAAAGAUCCUCCAACUAUGGCGUGUACACGCCCUCCAUCUCCUCCCCGCAACUUAAUGUUUAACCUGAAUGACACUUGUCUGAUGCUGGAGUGGUCACCACCCAGCGACACUGGGGGCCGCCGCGAUCUCACCUACAAUGUCCAGUGCAAACGCUGUGGCCCCAAAUCCGACCAGUGCCAGCUCUGUGAGGAAGAUCUUCGUUUCCUGCCACGACCAUUAGGCCUGACCAACGCCACAGUGACUGUGAUGGACUUCUCAGCACACGCCAAUUACACGUUUGAGAUUGAGUCCCUCAAUGGCGUGUCAGACAUGAGUUCCUUCCCUCGCCAGGUGGCCAUCAUCACUGUGAGCACUGAUCAGGGUGGUCCAUCUCUGGUUGGGGCUCUGAAGAAGGACUGGGCCUCUCCAAACAGCAUUGCUCUCUCCUGGCAGCAACCUGAACAAACAACACUCCCCAUCCUCGACUACGAGAUCAAAUAUUAUGAGAAGGAACAUGAGCAGCUGAGCUACUCGUCGACACGCACCAAGGCUCCCAGUGUGAUCAUUUCAGGUUUAAAACCAGCGACCUGGUACGUCUUCAGUGUACGCACCCGCACGCCUGUUGGAUACAGUUCCUACUCCCCUAAAUAUGAAUAUGAAACUACAGGAGACUCAUCAGACAUCGCUUCUGACCAAGGCCAGGUGUUGGUCAUCGUCACAGCAGCCGUUGGUGGCUUUACCCUCCUCGUCAUCCUCACCCUCUUCCUCCUGAUCACGGGCAGGUGUCAAUGGUACUUUAAGGCCAAGAUGACUUCAGAGGAGAAAAGGAGGACCAGCUAUCAGAAUGGACAUGUCCCUUUCCCAGGAAUAAAGACCUAUGUGGAUCCUGACACAUACGAAGACCCAACACAGGCUGUCCAUGAGUUCACCAAAGAGAUCGACCCAUCCAGGAUCCGCAUCGAGAGGGUGAUCGGAGCCGGUGAGUUUGGCGAGGUGUGCAGCGGUCGCCUGAGAACACCGGGGAAGAAGGAGAUUGCCGUGGCAAUAAAGACACUGAAGGGCGGCUAUGUGGAGCGACAAAGGCGGGACUUCCUGCGCGAGGCAUCAAUUAUGGGCCAGUUUGACCACCCCAACAUCAUCAGACUGGAGGGUGUGGUCACCAAAAGCAGGCCUGUGAUGAUUGUGGUAGAGUACAUGGAAAAUGGAUCGCUGGACUCGUUUCUGAGGCAACACGACGGUCACUUCACUGUCAUCCAGUUGGUUGGCAUGCUGCGUGGCAUCGCCUCGGGCAUGAAGUAUCUGUCAGACAUGGGCUAUGUUCACCGAGACCUGGCUGCUCGAAACAUCCUGGUCAACAGCAACCUGGUGUGUAAAGUGUCAGACUUCGGCUUGUCCCGAGUCCUGGAGGACGACCCGGAGGCUGCUUACACCACAACGGGCGGUAAGAUCCCCAUCCGAUGGACCGCUCCUGAGGCCAUCUCAUACAGGAAAUUCUCCUCGGCCAGUGAUGCUUGGAGUUACGGCAUCGUCAUGUGGGAAGUGAUGUCAUAUGGGGAACGGCCAUACUGGGAGAUGUCCAACCAGGAUGUGAUUCUGUCAAUCGAAGAGGGCUACCGGCUCCCUGCUCCCAUGGGCUGCCCCGUGGCCCUGCAUCAAUUGAUGCUGCACUGCUGGCAGAAGGAGAGGAGUCAUCGGCCCAAAUUCACCGAUGUUGUUUCCUUCUUGGACAAACUGAUCCGUAACCCCAGCAGUCUGCUGCCACUGGUAGAGGACAUUCAGAGCCUACCAGAGUCUCCGGGGGAGGAAAUGGACUACCCGAUGUUCAUCUCCAUCGGAGACUGGCUGGACUCCAUUAAGAUGAGUCAGUACAAGAGCAAUUUCAUGGCAUCAGGCUACAACACAUUGGAUUCUGUGGCGAGGAUGAGUAUUGAAGAUGUGAGGCGUCUUGGGGUGGAGCUGAUCGGCCACCAGAGACGGAUCAUCAGCAGUGUACAAACCCUCCGCCUUCAGUUACUGCACGAACAGGAGAAGGGUUUCCAUGUAUGAGGGCACCCUUUAACACAACCUGGGAUGGACAGAUAGAUGGACCAGACGAAAGUGAAGUUUAGACCGUUGGACAGACAGUCUACAGCCUGUGCCUGAGUCUUAACCUCUCAUACAGGACGUCGUUGGACAGACUACCACAGCAGGCUGUCCCCCCGGUCUCCCUCACAUCCAGUACUAACAGACUGUUUCCUACUAUACACCCCUUCCCCAGUAUACCAGGUUCUGCCAGACUAUUACAGCCUGAUAGACUUUUAAAGACUGGCCCAGGCUCUCACUUAGGGGAAUGUAAUGCCUUGUUGCAGCAGUAUUUUGUGUGUGGAGCAACAAUAUCUAGAGAUGUAGAUUUGCAAACAUAAUCUACUGAACCUUUUGAACCUUUUUCUUUUUGGUUCUUUUCUCGCUCCGGGUUAUGUGCUCAUGUAGCUGCUAUCGGGUGUGCAAUGGAAAAAAGUUUUGUCCUUUGAAAAAAAGUAUCCUCAGUAUUUUUAAUUGAAUUUAUCACAAAGGUUUUCUUUGCAAUCGCUUUAGUUUACCCUCUCUCCAGAGAAUCUGGUACGCUAAUACUUGAAGAUAGAAGAGAGAAGCAAGUUAUGGAGAUUUUUUGAAUGUUUAAAAGUGUAUAGACAAUUAAUCGAUAAUUAUUAUCAUAACCUAAUAUCUAUAUAUGUGCAGUCCUGUAUGUGAAAAGCCCUAGUAAAUCUGGAUCUUAUUUAAGAUGUUUUAUUUAUUUAAGAUUUUUAUCCAAAUCAGCAAUACAGUAUUAUGCAGUCACCUCAGUAUCUCAGAGAGAGAUGAAGAUUUGUGCAAUGAGAGAUUUCUUGUUGACGUAUAAACGUGAGGCUCACACAACACUACCCACCUCUUUUUAUUGUCACACACUGAGCUUGCAGAACUGGAUCCGUUGCCUUCAUAUGAAUUACCAUACAAGUCUGUUCUGACAGUUUUUUUAACAACCGGUGUACUCACAGUUGUGUGAUAAGCCUGAUUUAUUUAUUAAUUUAUUUAUUUUCGGAUCGUGAAUGUUAUACAUUGCCUGAAAGUACACAAUCUCCACUGUCUUAACAUAUGAAUGUUCACACAAGUUACAUAUAGAUAGGAGACGCUUGGAAUUGUCUGGAAACUUUUAACAUGGACUUCUAUGGUUCUUCAGAUUUAGCUUUCAUAUACACUCAUUGUUUCUUUUUUUGCCUGCACACACACACACACACACUAAUACAGUGGUUUGCACUUCUGGGGACAAAAUCGAUCAAAGAUGUCAGAGCAGAAUAACCCAUCAGAUGGUGCAAAGCUACUGGAAGGAUUUCACAAAGUAACUCCAGGCUGUUUGUGCAUUGUGGUCAUGUGACGGUUGUGGCGUAUGUGGCAGUGUGGGUGGGGGGGUCGAAUAGUGUAUAUAAAUGUAGUUUGAAAUGAAAAGCAUUGGGUCUGCAGUAGAUGAUGUCAAGUUGUCAGGCAUUUGCCGUUGAAAUGAACAUUUUUCUUCAUACUAUAAGUCGGUGGUAAAUAAGCAGUGCUGCAGGAUAUAAGUAGUUAGCUGAGUCGGAGGCAGCAGAAGUAGAUAAAAGCUGGUGGGUGGAAACCAGUGAGAAAAUGGGGUCGUCUUAGUUUUGUUUGAUCGGGACGGAGAGAGUAAAAAGAGUUUCAGGAAGGCAGAGAGAGAGAGUGAACAUAAACAGCAGCAUCAUAACUCAUCGUGUUUCAUCAGCAGUAACAAACACACACACACACACACACGACAUACACACACACAGAAUGCCUUACAGUCCGUUAAAAAUGCAAGACAGAAACACUUCAGAGUUGUUCAUAAGUUUCAGCGCAGUCACAGGACCUAUCCAUUAGUUUGAGUUGUAUUCCGUAUCCGAGAGAGCGACCUGCCCCUCUGCAGCUGUGGUUUUUCUUACAAACUGGGGCUCAGUGAUUAAUGUCGAAGGCAAACUGGAUCUAGAGAUCUGUGCGUUUCGGUCACAGCGUGAUUAUGCAUCCAGGCUUUCCAAAGGAGGGAAAGGAGCGCAUCCAAACACACCUAUAUAAACACAUAUUUGCACACACGCUCAUGAUCACCACCCCUCUACAGAAUAUGGAGAAUAUCAGAUGCUGUUUGUUUAGCAUGUUCUACUGCUGAGCAAUGUUAGGACGUUCUUUUGUACAAAGUACAAGUAUACUUAUAAUUCUUGUAUUUUAUUUUUCUAUAAUUUCCAAAGAGAUGUUGUAGAUCUUGCACACUGUAAGAGGCAGUUACAGCGAAUAUUUAUUUGCGAAUAAAGAUGAACA